CGGGGGUCGGGGGCUCCGAGGACCCUGCCCCGCGCUCUCUCGCCCCCAUCCCUUUUUCUGGACCGAGAUCCCGGGGCUCCACGUGCCGCCCCCUCGGGUUCCGCGCCCCGCACCCCGGCGGCUCCGGGCCCGCCCUCCCGCACCACACCGCGGGGCGCCGGCAGGAUGUACCCCCAGGGAAGGCACCCGACCCCGCUGCAGCCGGGUCAGCCCUUCAAGUUCUCCAUCCUGGAGAUCUGCGACCGCAUCAAGGAGGAAUUCCAGUUUUUGCAGGCUCAGUACCACAGCCUCAAACUGGAGUGUGAGAAGCUAGCCAGCGAGAAGACUGAAAUGCAGCGACAUUACGUCAUGUACUACGAGAUGUCAUAUGGACUCAACAUUGAAAUGCAUAAGCAGGCUGAGAUCGUGAAGCGGCUCAGCGGGAUCUGCGCGCAGAUCAUUCCAUUCCUCACCCAGGAGCAUCAGCAGCAGGUGCUGCAGGCAGUGGAUCGGGCCAAGCAGGUGACAGUGGGGGAGCUGAACAGCCUCAUUGGGCAGCAGCUCCAGCCACUGAGCCACCAUACCCCCCCUGUGCCCCUCACCCCUCGCCCAGCCGGGCUGGUAGGCGGCAGUGCCACGGGGCUGCUUGCCCUGUCUGGGGCACUGGCUGCACAGGCCCAGCUGUCAGCGGCUACGAAAGAUGAUCGAGAUCGCGAUCGCGUCAGCGUGGAGGUGGAGGGCUGCAGAGCGGAGAGAGCCCCGAGCAGGGCCCCUGUCUCUCUGCAGAGCGCGUCCCCCUCUCCUCCAGAGAGUCUGGUGGAGGAGGAGAGGCCCAGCGGCCUAGGUGAUGGUGGAGAGCAGCAGAGACUGGAAGACAAGGAGGCAUCAGGACCUUAUGAAAGUGACGAGGACAAAAGUGAUUACAAUCUCGUGGUGGACGAGGACCAGCCCUCAGAGCCCCCCAGCCCAGCUACUACCCCCUGUGGAAAAACACCCAUCUGUGUCCCUGCCCGGAGGGACCUUGUGGACAGUCCAGCCUCCCUGGCCUCCAGUUUGGGCUCACCACUCCCCAGAAACAAGGAGCUCGUCCUGAGCGAUCCUCCUGCCUCCAAGUCUUGUGACUCGUCCCCACCUCAGGACGCAUCCACCCCAGGACCCAGCUCAGCCAGUCACCUGUGCCAGCUGGCGGCCAAGCCAACACCGUCCACAGACAGCAUUGCUCUGAGGAGUCCGCUGACCCUGUCCAGUCCUUUCACCUCGUCCUUCAGCCUGGGUUCCCAUGGCACUCUCAACGGAGACCUCUCCAUGCCUAGUUCCUACGUCAGCCUGCACUUGUCCCCCCAGGUCAGCAGCUCUGCGGUGUACGGACGCUCGCCCCUGAUGGCGUUCGAGUCCCACCCCCACCUCCGAGGCGCUUCCAUUCCCUCCUUGCCCAGCAUUCCCGGAGGGAAGCCGGCCUACUCCUUCCACGUGGCGGCCGACGGCCAGAUGCAGCCGGUGCCCUUCCCGUCGGACGCGCUGGUGGGAGCGGGCAUCCCCCGGCAUGCGCGGCAGCUGCACACGCUGGCCCACGGCGAGGUGGUGUGCGCCGUCACCAUCAGUGGCUCCACGCAGCACGUGUACACGGGAGGCAAGGGCUGCGUGAAGGUGUGGGACGUGGGCCAGCCCGGCGCCAAAACGCCCGUGGCCCAGCUGGACUGCCUGAACCGAGACAACUACAUCCGCUCUUGUAAGCUGCUGCCGGACGGUCGGAGUCUGAUCGUGGGCGGCGAGGCCAGCACCCUGUCCAUCUGGGACCUGGCGGCGCCCACGCCGCGCAUCAAGGCCGAGCUGACCUCCUCGGCCCCGGCCUGCUAUGCUCUGGCCGUCAGCCCCGACGCCAAAGUCUGCUUCUCCUGCUGCAGCGACGGGAACAUCGUGGUGUGGGACCUGCAGAACCAGACCAUGGUCAGGCAGUUCCAGGGCCACACCGAUGGGGCCAGCUGCAUCGAUAUCUCGGACUAUGGGACCCGGCUGUGGACAGGGGGCCUGGACAACACGGUGCGCUGCUGGGACCUGCGAGAGGGUCGCCAGCUGCAGCAACACGACUUCAGCUCCCAGGUCUUCUCCCUGGGACAUUGCCCCAGCCAGGACUGGCUGGCCGUGGGCAUGGAGAGCAGCCACGUGGAGAUCCUGCACGUUCGCAAGCCGGAGAAAUACCAGCUGCACCUGCACGAGAGCUGCGUGCUGGCCCUCAAGUUCGCAUCCUGCGGGCGCUGGUUCGUGAGCACAGGCAAGGACAACCUGCUGAACGCCUGGAGGACACCCUAUGGGGCCAGCAUCUUCCAGUCAAAGGAGUCCUCCUCCGUCCUGAGCUGCGACAUCUCCAGGAACAACAAGUACAUCGUGACGGGCUCAGGAGACAAGAAGGCCACCGUGUACGAGGUCGUCUACUGAAGCUGGGGGGGGGGGCGUGUCCCCAACUCGACUCCUAUCCAGACGUCAGGAUAGAGAUGCUGUCAGGCCCUUCCUUCCUUGCUAGGUCUGAGAGCAGUACAUCCCCUGGCCUAAUGCCUUCUUCCCGGCUGCAGAGGGGACAGUGGACAGAAGGUGUUGGGGAAAUAAAUGUAUUUAGCACA